AUGACCACACUGAAAAUCAUCAAAAACCGUAUAAAAUCAGUGACAAACACAAAAAAGAUCACACAAUCAAUGAAAAUAGUAUCUGCAUCGAAAUAUGCCCGUGCAGAACAGGAUCUCCAGAACGCCAGACCUAUGGGUGAAGUACCCAGGAUUUUUUAUCAAGAAAUUAAAAUGAUUUCUCCUGUUGAAAUGAACGCCCAGCUUUUAGUUGCACUGACAUCUGAUAAUGGAUUGUGUGGUGCUAUUCAUUCUGGUAUAGCAAAAGUAAUUCAUAAAAAUGUUCGAGACGAUCCAAUCUUAGCUUUGAAAACUAAACUCAUAUGUAUCGGUCAGUAUUCCAUGUCACUUCUUUCAAGAACAUUUCCAGAAAAACUUAUUUGGGCAGCUAAACACGUUGGCAAAAAAACAAUCACAUUUUUGGAUGCUGCAUUAAUCGCUAUGAAGAUCAAUAAAUGCAUCACCGAGCACAAUUUUACAAUAACGAAGAUAUAUUACAAUCAAUGUUUAUCUCGCAUGUCUUAUAAGGCAGAAGUCAUAGAUUUAUACCACAAAGGUGCAGUGAAAGCUGGAAAAAAAUUUUUGUUGUACGAUGAGAUUGAAGAAGAAAUACUAGAAAGCUACUUGGAAUUUUCCUACGUAGUGCUCAUUUAUUGGAUGAUGAAAGAAAGCGCUUGUAGUGAACUUGCAGCAAGAAUAGUGGCAAUGGACAAUGCUACGAAAAAUGCUGGAAAAAUGACCGAAUCGUUGAAUCAUCAGUUACAUCGAACUCGUCAAGCUAUGAUUACAAAUGACCUCACAGAGAUCAUAGCUGGAGCAAAUACUGUUAGUAAAUGA